AUGGAGACGGCAAUUCGUUGGGCUCCGAGCUCAACGGCAGACGACCAGCAGUUCCUCGUCGUCGAUAUCAAGGGGCAUGCCUUCAAGCAUUGCAAGGUGGCCUCGCGUCCUGACAAGUUCACGUUGACCUACGACGUGCUUGCAAGCUACUCCAAUGCAACGGAGUUUCGCUCUUUCGACUGGUCUCCCGCAGAGGAGAAUCUCGUCGCGGUUGGGCACGCGUCGGGAGAAGUCGUCGUCGCUCGCCUGGACAACGGCGCUCAGGCUCCGCUUAUGCUGCCCGCGAAGACCCAGCGAGCCUGUCAUGGGCUUGCUUGGAACACCCGCGGGAUACUUGCAGCGGGCCUGGACAAGUUUCGGGGAGACCAUUGUCUUAACAUUUGGGAUCCCAAUCAGCGUCCAGUCAGGGCAGCGCGCGGGGGGACGGACCGUCAGGUUCCUGACCCAUUGAGAAAGCUUGCAAACGGGGAGCCGGUCGUGAGCGUGAAGUUUUUUAGAGAGCAGCAAAAUCUGUUGCUUGCUGGAAUGAAGGGACAGUCCCUGAGGCUGUAUGACAUCCGAGAUGGCCCGGGGAAUCCGGCGAUGCAAUUUUCCACUCGGUGUAUCCAUCACCUCGCGAUCGACUGGCGGGACGAGAACUACUUCGCCUCCUGCACCCCACAUGAAAACGCCUCAAUCUGCAUUUGGGAUCGUCGUUCGGGUUCUCGACACUUGACCACAGCUGGUGGUUCAUCAGGAGCCACUGAAUCCGGUCAGGCAUUGGAAUUGAAGCCUGAUAUUGAGGCUGGAGCUGCCAUCUGGAGCUUGCAGUACUCGCAAACGCAGCGGGGUCGUCUAGGCAUGUUGACGGAUACUGGGGAAUUCAGAGCCUAUCACCUGGCUAAAGAGUACAUCUCGGAAGAAGAUCGAGCUACCCUAGAGAAGACCGUUGGCAAAGACUAUCAAGAGCCGAUCUAUACGAAAACUGUACGGGACUUUCAGAUCGGGCACCCUCCAAAGACUCGCAGCGAAGAUGCGACACAGCGAGUUGCCGCUUUCGAUUUCUUAAACUUAGGCUCUUAUGACUUGGAAGCGAUCACUAUUUUAAACGACAAGAGCAUCGCAGUUCACAGAAUUCCCCCAAUUCGUUGCCCAGUCGGUCUCUCAAUUCAAGGAGCUAUAGCCCGUGAGACGUUUGAACCCGAACAGGAGAUUGAAAUUUUAGCUCCAGUGACUCAGUUGACAGCUGCAGAGGCAGUUGAUGAUAUCCUCGAUCGAGCUGACGACCGAGAGUUAGAGAAAAAAGAGAAAGCUGGCUCAGAUUCGAGCUAUACACCACCGUUGUCGAGCAGAGAACUGCAUGAAAGAGACUUGCUGCGCUCGGAUUUCCCUGAAGUACAGGACUUACUUAUGUUGAUGAGGAUUCCAAAAUUACGUUGCCAGGAAGGGUACUGCCUUAACCCAGCCAAAAAUAUAGACAUUGUUUCCGAUGAUCCAGUGUUGCAGGACCUCUGGGCUUGGAUUAGCAGUUCAAAAUCAAGAGCCUCGAAUGAAUCGAUGAUAGUCCGCGGAGUAGAUAUGAAUUAUUUGGGUGUCCAGAGUAUCUGGAGCGGAAAUCUCGGUCUGAGUCUUGAGAAUAGGCUUGCCAGUUCAGAGCUUGAUGAUGAUGUCGAUGUGAACAAGCUUAUUGAAGAGUUGGUUGAGAAGUUGGAUCUCCCGGAAAUGGAGAUGUGCGAAACAGAUUUUGCAGCACGGCGCAAACUCUGCUUGCGCAUCUGCAAUGCCAUAGAAACCACGGAGAGCCUGGAGCAAAUCGUCGACGAGUGCAUCGAAAACGGCCACCUCACAAAAGCUGCCGCCCUUGCCGCUUUCCAAGAUAAGAAAGAAUUGGCAUUUCAGGUUCUUCGAAGGAAUCCACAGACCCAAGCGCAUAAACUUUUAGCCAUGGCAUUUGCUGGAGCUACCAGAGGAGGAGAGAUGAAUCCAGGGUGGGAGGAUACUUGCACAGAGAUUGCGAAAGAAAUUACCGAUUGUUUUGCUCGGGCCAUCCUUGCUUUGGUCAGUACUGGGUAUUGGGACUCGAUUCUACAGGAGACGACUCUUCCUCUAAAAUUUCGCGUGGAAGUUGCAUUGCGUUGGCUUCCCGACGAAAAACUCUCCACAUACAUUCGUGAAACGACCAUGGAGGCUGUACAGCAGGGAGAUAUUGAAGGCAUCGUGCUCACGGGUCUUGACCAUGCUGCAAUGGACUUGUUCCAGUCAUACAUCACGAAAUUCAACGACAUCCAGACUGCAGUUCUAGUUAUGAGUUACACUGUUCCGCGCUUUGUUUCCGACCCUUUUAACGAGCAUCGAUUCCAGGCUUGGCGGCAGACUUAUCGUCGUCAGAUCAUUGCCUGGGAUAUACCAAUUUUCCGCUCCAGAUUCGAUAUUGCGUCACGCAAUUUGGCAACCACCUGGGAUGGCCGGAAGCUGAUGAAACCUCCGCCGCAGCAACUGCGGUGGAAGAAGCUGAAGGCUUUGGACGUGAGCUUCGCCGAAGUCGUCGCCGCCGUCUCCUCGUCCGAUAAGCAGCGCUUCGGCCUGCUCUACGCGCCGCCUGCUGGUGGUGCUGGUGCUGCAGCUGCCCCACAGGCCGAUCCCGCUGCUCGUGCGCCACAAUCACAAACCCCGCCUGAGACGAGCGCUCGACUGCCUACGACAGAGGAUCAGCAGCAGCAACAGCAGCAACAGCCCGUGGUUAGCGACGACGCCACGGCGCAAGCAAUCGCCGCCAGCGCGCACGACCCGGACCCGCACCACUAUCUGAUCCGCGCGCGCCAGGGCCACAGCAUCAAGACAGUCGACGCCUCGUCGCUGCUCAGGCCGCUCUCCGCGGCGGCAAACGACGAUGACCGGUUGCUACUGCCGCCGACCGUGGUCCACGGCACGUACCACGCAGCGUGGCCGCAGAUCCUGCACGCCGGCGGGCUGAAGUGCAUGGGCCGGAACCACGUCCACUUCGCGACGGGCCCGCCGCUGUCGGCCGUGCUGCCGAAUGGCACGGCGGGCGAGGUGGUGGUGCCGGCGAGGCUCAAGAGUGGUGGUCGUCGCGGGGGUAAUACUGGCGAUGAAGGGGCCGACCACCUAGAGGUGAUUUCAGGGAUGAGGUUCGAUUCGCAGAUCUUGAUCUACAUCGACGUGAAGAAAGCCUUGGCCGCCGGGUGUCCGUUCUGGAUCAGCGAGAACGGCGUGGUCCUAAGCGAAGGCAUGGACAGCGGCAGCAGUGGCCAGCAGCAGCAGCAGCAGUCGCAGAAGCUCGUGGGAACCGAGUUCUUCGACGUGGUGGUUGAGCUGCGCAACGGACUGGGAGUGAUCUGGGAGAACGGAGCGCUGGCACCGCAUGUCCCGGAUUGGAUGCGCGCGGCGCCAGGCCCCGCGCCGGCGGGUCACGGCAGAGCCAGAGGCAAAGGGAGAGGCAGAGAAGAGACGAUCCCAGGAUACGUCGCGGCGCGGUACUAUCCCGUGCGCAUUGGCGAGGUCUUCAAUGAGAGAUAUCAAGUUGUCGGCAAACUGGGCUAUGGAGCAACUUCGACGAACCAACCAAAAUCCUCAGCCGCUGCAAGUAUGUCACCCUCAAGGUAUUCAUCACAUCGACAUCCAUGGGCCAGCAAUUGGAUGGCGAGCUCACCAUGUACAAACGCCUGGAGCGAGGCUCGAAAAUCGCAUCCUGGUCGCAACGCCGUGCGGAUGCUUCUUGACUCUUUUGAAGUUCAUGGACCCACGGACAAACACAGAUGCCUGGUACAUCCUCCCCUGUGGGAGAGCGUCUUGACGUUUCUUCGCCGCAACCCAAUUCACAGGCUACCGGUCCCGGUCAUGGCCGCUGUCCUGCAGUAUCUCUUUCUAGCCUUGGACUAUCUGCAUUCCGAAUGCAAGAUCAUCCACGGCGACAUCAAAUCCGAUAACAUCAUGCUCGGCAUCGCUGAUGAUUCGGUCUUCACCCGUUUUGAGGCAAGCGAGCUUCAAACGCCCUGUGCGCGGAAAGAGCUAGAUGGUGAUGACGAUGGUCGCAUCAUCUACGAGUCCCGCCAGCUCGCAAUGCCAAAGGACUUUGCUCCCCCCGUGCUAUGCGACUUUGGCUCAGCCAUGCCGGGAGAUGUUGAUGAGCAUCUGGAAGACAUCCAACCAAACUUCUGA